GUGAGUCGAGCAUGGAGUGGGUGCUGAGAGGAAGGGCACCGAUGGCGUUGGGAGCUAUUGGAGGGGCGUCCAUGGCACUGGGCACUAUUAGAGAAGAGCCUAAGGUGCUGAACGCUCCUGGAGAGGUGACGGGUGCUGCUUGUGAAGCAGGACUGGGACUCCAGGUGCUCGUCAAGGAUUGA